ACAUACGUGUGCCUCAUAUCUUCGUAUGUUGGAUGAUACAUUGUUUUCCUCGAUUGCAUCAUGACACUUCUCUUGACCCUCUAUCUUUGUUUGAUGUAUUAACACUCACAUGUUGCUAUACAAUGAAUCACAAUCUACUUUUUUUAAGUAUGAUUGUGACACACAAUAUCGAUUAAUUGGUCUGAUCGGCUUGGAAUCGAUCUCUAGGAAUGCAUGUUUUCUGGUGGUGAUCGAACCUCAAUUUUCCUUAAAGCUUGGGGCAUUGGUCAUUGUGCAUGUCUAACAAAAGUUGGAUAAAAAGAGAAAAGAUGUAUAUUUAUUCAUAUGAUCAAAAUUGUAACUGAAUUGAACAAAAUUCAUGAACAGAUAUCUGGGAUCACAGGGUUUGGCGGGCACACUUCCAUCGCAACUCUUCAAGCUGCCUUACUUGGACACGCUUGAUCUCACUCUGAACUAUCUUGCCGGUGAAAUUCCUCGCGAAUGGGGUUCCACAAAGCUUGUCAACAUUUACCUUUUUGGAAAUCGGUUGACGGGUUCGAUUCCAGAAGAGAUUGGAAACAUCACUACUCUUAAACGGCUGCACCUAGGUAGCAAUCAACUUUCAGGAAGCUUACCUUCAACACUUGGAAAUUUGUCCAAGUUGAGAAUGCUAGGACUUUCCUCGAACAAUUUCACUGGGGAGCUACCGGUUUCUCUGGGAAUGCUGACCAAUCUGACCUACUUCCAAAUCAGCGACAAUAACUUUGAAGGGGAAAUACCCAGCUUCAUUCAUACUUGGGUAAAUGUAUAUACAUUAGGGAUUCAAGGAAGUGGGUUGGGCGGGCCUAUUCCUUAUGAAAUCAGAUUUUUGACAAAUUUGACCGACUUGAGAAUAAGUGACUUGAAUGGAGGAGCUUCGUUUCCCUUUCCAUCGCUUAAUAAUUUGAAUUACUUAGUUUAUUUAGUAUUGAGAAACUGCAAUAUAACAGGAGAGCUGCCAGAUUAUUUUGGUGGGAUGAAAUCUUUGGAGAUCCUAGACCUCUGUUUCAACAAAAUGAGUGGGCAGAUUCCUCCUAGUUUACAUAGCCUUGUCCAACUCCAAUUCAAGAAAAUAUUUUUAACUGGGAACUUGCUAAAUGGAUCAAUGCCUGAUUGGAUGCUGCGUGAAGGAACAACAGUUGAUCUCUCUUACAAUAAAUUUAAUUCACUCUCUCCGGAUACAGGCUGUCGAUAUCAAAAUGUAAACCUAUUUGCAAGCUCUUCGCUAGACAAUAAUUCUAACCUUGUAUCCUGUUUGCGGAACCGCACUUGUGCCCAAGUUAAGUCCCGUCUCCAUAUUAAUUGUGGUGGGAAGGAAGAAACCAUUGAUGGUGUUAAGUUUGAAGGAGAAGAAGAUACAGGCGAACCAUUACAAUUCUACUCAAGUGAAACAAAUUGGGCAUUUAGCAAUUCUGGCAGUUUUUUGGACGGUUAUGACACUGACUAUGUUGCUAGGAAUUCAUCUGCACUCUCUAUGAUAAAUUCCACACUGUAUGAAACUGCUCGAAUUUCUCCAAUGUCUCUUACAUACUAUGUAUAUUGCAUGGCAAUUGGAAACUACACGAUAAGGCUCCAUUUUGCUGAAAUAAUGUUCACCAAUGAUAAAAAUUAUAGCAGCCUCGGAAGACGCAUUUUUUAUGUUUAUGUGCAGGGAAGGCGGGUGUUGAAGGAUUUUAAUAUUGUCAACGCUGCUGGUGGUGCAGGUAAAGAUUACACAUAUUCAAUUCCCGUCAGUCUUACUAGUGGUAUUUUGGAGAUACAAUUUUAUUGGGCUGGGAAGGGGACAACUAAUAUUCCGACAAGUGGAGUCUAUGGCCCUUUGAUUUCUGCCAUUUCAGUAGAGCCUGACUCUCCAUCAGAAGGUCGAAAAACCUCACAUGUAGGAGCAGUUGUUGGAAUUUUGGUUGUAGUGGCUUUUGUUAUAAUUUUGGCACCUGGAAUUUUGUGGUGGAGAGGCUGUCUUGGAAGAAAAAAUUUGAAGAUUCAAAAUUUUCUAAUUGGCUCAUUUACACUAAAGCAAAUCAGAGCUGCGACAAAUAAUUUUGACAUUUCCAAUAAGAUAGGAGAAGGUGGUUUUGGACCUGUUUAUAAGGGUAUUCUUCUAGAUGGUACCAUGAUUGCGGUGAAGCAAUUUUCUGCGAAAUCAAGGCAAGGAAACCGUGAAUUUGUGAAUGAGAUAGGCUUGAUAUCUUCUUUGAACCACCCAAAUCUAGUUAAACUGCAUGGAUGUUGUACCGAAGCAGAUCAACUUUUGCUUGUAUAUGAAUAUAUGGAAAAUAACAGUCUUGCGCAAGCUCUCUUUGGAUCUCAAGAAUGCCAAUUAAACUUGAAUUGGCCAACAAGGAAAAAGAUUUGUAUUGGCAUAGCCAAAGGUUUAACUUUUCUGCACGAGGAGUCAAGGUUGAAGAUUGUUCACCGAGAUAUCAAAGGUACUAAUGUGUUGUUAGAUAAAAAUCUCAACCCAAAGAUUUCCGACUUUGGUUUGGCCAAGCUUGAUGAAGAGGAAAACACUCAUAUUAGCACCCGGAUUGCUGGAACGUUUGGAUAUAUGGCACCAGAAUAUGCGACACGAGGCUAUCUAACGGAGAAAGCAGAUGUUUAUAGCUUUGGUAUCGUGGCAUUAGAAAUAGUUAGUGGAAGGAGCAACACUAUACAUCGGUCAAAGGAUAAAUGCCUUUAUCUUCUUGAUUGGGCUCUGUGUUGAAAGAGAGAGAGAGUCUAAUGGACCUAGUUGAUCCUAAGUUGGGGUCAAACUUCAACGAGGAAGAGGCAAUGAAAAUGAUGAAUAUUGCUUUUCUUUGCACCAAUGUCUCUCCCUCGGCAAGACCUACAAUGUCCUCUGUAGUGAGCAUGCUGGAAGGUAAGGUUUCUGUCAAGGAAUUGAUUUCAGAUCCAGAUGACAUGAGAAAAGAGAUGAAGGCAAUAUGGACCCUUAUUCAGCAGAAUGAAACGGUAACCAACGACAAGAACAAUACUGAGAGCCUAUCGUUCAUAAACAUGGGAUCAACCAGUUCUUCGAUAUCAAUGAAGAGCAGAAACUAGCUCGACUGCAUUUGCAAUGGUAUAAAAUAUGUUUAAGCUUUGAUUUUGUGGUUCAUUUCAAUUAAUCAAUGUAAGAUUCAAUUAUUCAAUGUAAGAAGGUAACAGGGCAAACUCCUUUUCAAAGUUUCAAAUAUGGAUACGGAUGGAAAUCUUAGGCAAAAUUUGUUAAAAUAUUGAUGAAAUGUUGAUUACAUUUCUGAGAAGAAAGUGUACAUACGAAAAAGUUGUAAAAGAUAUUUAAGAACAAUUGAGAGGUAAUUUAUUUAUUUUUAAUUAUAA